AUGGGGGACGGCGGUGUGGGAGAACCAGGAUCCAUGCUGCGACUCGUUUCAGGCACUCUCCGCCGAAAUGAGAGGGAGAUCUACGCCCUGGAUCUUCCCCCCUCUCUUAAUGGACUCAUCGAGCUAGCGUUACGGGUUGAUGCUCGCCUCACUCGGAUAGAGAGGAGGGGGCUGCUCAACACCCCGUCCAGGGGACCGGCGGACGGGCGAUUCAGCGGCAGAGACGUGGUCAGCCCCAUUUACGAUCACGAGCCCUUGCAGGAGAUUGAGCACAAAAUCAUCUCUGAGUUAAAAAGCUUUAAGAGACUACUGAGUCCAGAUUACCCAGAAUGCUCUGAAAGAGACCGUUAUGAUGAUGAGGGUCAUAACAGAGUCAGAGAGGGUCUUCUGAAGAUCACACUGCUCCUCCUGAGGAAGAUGAACCAGACAGACCUCGCUGACACACUACAGACCAUCACUAAUGUUCCUGAAUGUCACGACAAAAAAAAACUCAGAUCCAGACUACAGGAUAAAUAUCAGAGACUCAGUGAAGGACUGUCCAAUAAUGGAGACUCAACACGUCUGAAUGAGAUCUACACAGAGCUCUACAUCACAGAGGGAGGCAGUGGAAAGGUCAAUAAUGAACAUGAGGUGAGACAGAUUGAGACAGUGUCCAGGAGACCAGAGACACAGGAGACACCAAUCAACUGCAAUGACAUAUUUAAACCCUCACCUGGACAAGACAAACCCAUCAGAACUGUGCUGACUAAAGGAGUCGCUGGAAUUGGAAAAACAGUCUCUGUGCAGAAGUUCAUUCUGGACUGGACUGAAGGAAAAGCCAAUCAGGACGUUCAUUUCAUAUUUCCACUUCCUUUCAGGGAGCUGAACUUGAUACAGAAACAUCUCAGUCUUGUGGAUCUUCUAAACCACCUUCACACAGAAACCAAAGAAUUAAAGUCAGCAGAUUAUGAGGACUACAAAGUCAUGUUCAUAUUUGAUGGUCUGGAUGAGUGUCGACUGCGUCUAGAUUUCCAAAACAGUCGGAGCUUGUCUGAUGUGACAGAAUCAGCUUCAGUGGAUGUGCUGCUGACCAACCUCAUCAAGGGGAACCUACUUCCUUCUGCUCUCCUCUGGAUCACCUCUCGACCAGCAGCAGCCAAUCAGAUCCCUCCUGAGUGUGUCCACCAGGUCACAGAGGUACGAGGAUUCAACGACCCUCAGAAGGAGGAAUAUUUCAGGAAGAGAAUAAAUGAUCCGAGUCUGGCUGAUAGAAUCGUCACACACAUCCGAUCAUCAAGAAGUCUGUUCAUCAUGUGUCACAUCCCAGUCUUCUGCUGGAUUUCAGCCGCUGUUCUGGAGAGGAUGAUGGGUAAAGCAGAGAGUGCAGAGAUCCCCAAGACUCUCACACAGAUGUUCACACACUUCCUGAUCUUUCAGACCAAACUGAAGACACAGAAGUAUGAUGGGAAAUAAGAAAUCGAU